AUGGUCACAUGUGAAUCUCCCCGAGUGUCUCUGAUCAUCAAUCCCAGCAGAACUCAACACUUUACUGCUGAUUCUCUCUCACUGAGCUGUGAGGACCAGAGAGACUCUACUGGAUGGACAGUGAGAAGAUACACACACAGUGAGGCAUCGCUUGAUUGUUCAUCAGUUUCAGGAUCUACAUGUAACAUCAGCUCCCUCUCUCCAUCACACACUGGAGUUUACUGGUGUCAGUCUGAAUCUGGAGAACGCAGUAAAUCUGUUAACAUCACAGUACACAAUGGUGAUGUGAUCCUGGACAGUCCUGUCCAUCCUGUAACUGAGGGAAAUCCUCUGACUUUACGCUGUUUAUAUCACAACACAAACAUCUCAACUGGUAUUGCAUUCUAUAAACAUGAUUCAAUCAUCCAGGAUCAGACUACAGGAGUGAUGACCAUCAGUAGUGUCUCAAAGUCAGAUGAAGGUUUCUACCACUGUAAACAUCCAGAGAGAGGAGAAUCAGUGAAAAGCUGGGUUUCAGUCAGCGUUUCACCUUCUGGAUCCAGUGGUGCAAUUUUGGGACUAUGUUUGGCCUUUGUGUUUGUCAUCAUAAUAAUUGCACUCAUUCUGCUGUUGCGCUACAGGAAGAAAAAAGGUGUAGAAUAUCAGCCUCCCUCUACAGUAAAUCAGGACACCACACAGCCUGCAGGUGCUGAAAGCAUCUAUGCAAAUGCUGAUAUCAUGACCAGAGCUGGCCCCAGCAAUGGAAACUAUCCUGAUGUUGUGACAAGAAAAAUAAGCAAAACGAUGAUGCAGCCAGAGUGCCAUGUGAUAUGAAAGAUUUACACAUUGAGAUGAAGAACCUCAAACUUCACAGUAAAGAUGCUGCCACCGAACCGAGUGAUUUGACUUAUUCUGAAAUUAACAUUAAAAAAUUUAAGAAAGCGAAGGGAAAACAAGGAAAGAGCAGUGAGGAAGCUGACACUGUGUACUCAGAACUGAAGCAAAACCCAGAUAAAGAUGCUGCUGCUGGAGGAUGUGAUGUGACUUAUGCUGAUAUUGACCU